AUGAGUAUAUUGUGGUCACCAAAGGAAGAUCAAACCCUCGUUCGACUUGGUAAUCGAGGAUAUGGAAGAAGAAUGAGAGCGAUCUGUUUGAAGCAUAAAACCGCAAAACAAUGUGCGGAUAGAUGGAAUAACAUUCAACGAUAUGUCAACAGACCAUUUACUCCUUUUGAGCGUAAUAUGAUUCGGCAUUUGUAUAGGAAAUAUGGUCCUCGGUGGAGAAGAAUGGCUGCAGAGCUCCAUCACUCUCCUCAAACAAUAAUGGAAUGCUGGCAGGUUAUGGACGAAGAGGCUGCGAGGAUACGCAGGCGAAUGGCUGUCCAAAGGCUUCUGUCUUAA